AUGUCCUCGCCAGCUUCAGCAAACGCUACUGGUACCGGCGGCAGGAUAUACAAACGUCGACCUGGCGCUUGCGAGACAUGCAAGGUGAGGAAACGAAAAUGCGAUGGCGGCAGACCCAGCUGCGAUAAGUGCCUUUCUGCAUCCUCUUUCUGCUUCUACGUCACACCGAAGAAGAGGGGAAGAUCCAUUCAGAAUGGCUUUAGCGCAACAACGAGACAGAGUGCAUCCUUCGACGACUCCAAUUUCCUAUCACAACAAACAACACCAAACCCAUCCCCGAAAGAUCAGCUAGACUACUUUGGGUCAUCUUCAACUCAGUCAUCAUUUUCGGGCGUCAACAGGUUGGUAGAGAUUGGGAGGUUUCCUGCUCCUGCGACAACUGGAUCUCUGGAAGAGCAUUGGGGUUUAAUCUCCGGUGGACGAAUGGAUUUACCUGAGGUUUUGGGAGCACAGAGCACGGGAAUCAUCGCUAGCCCAGCAUCUUCGGCGUUGGACUAUUGUUGGAGCACACAGCUUUUGCCGAACGGACAAAACGGCUCUAGCUUGCAGCACUUUGGUUGUCUGAUACCAGAAGAUUGGAACGAUCCAAACCUACUGGAACUUGAUGACAAGAGCACUCUGGAAGGUUCUGUUCAGGCCACAUCCGCGUAUUCAACAAUCGAUAUGGUGAAGCUCCUCAUAGGAAGGGACCGGAGUUCUUGCAAUUCUAAACAGUUCGGGCAGAACCUUAUGGAUCUUGUAGACGAAUCUGCGACCUGCUGCCACAGUCCAGGACUUACAGCACGCCCUUAUGAUAUGAUUCAACCGAGCCUUGACACACUAGUUGAGUUUCUUCACGCUUUCACAGCCUCGGAGCCGUAUCUCGGGGUCAAGUACAUAGAGGAAUCUGAGAUUUUACGUCUCUUUGAAGAGGUGGUCAUAAAGGGGAUAUCCGACCAUGCGAAAAGUUCGCUCAUAUACGCAACGCUUUCCAUUGGAUGUUCUAUCUCGCUCAAGCGAGCCGAUCCCUCACAGGAGAAGGAAUCGCACAUGAGAUGCUUGUACAGCAACGCCAUGGUACAUGUCGAGAAGCUGCACUCGUGUCAUCCAUCCGCGCUGUCCUUCAAGGCCCUGGUCACUAUUCUCAUUACAUCGAUCUUCUGGAAACCAGAGGACACGGAAUGGCUGCUGGGUCUCGCCGUAUCCUGCGCCCAAUCUUUGAGGUUGAAUGCUUUGGCGUCUAUCAAGACGAUUUGCCAGACGGAUCAGGAGGUAGAACUAUUAAAGCAUGCCUUCUGGCUGCUGUACACGAUUGAAAAGCCGUUUCGGUUGCGGAACGGACAGCCCUCGUCCCUGGAUAAUGCUUUUAUUGACCACGAACCCAGUCAUGUUGAGAUGGAAGCUGGAACACCGUCAACGCAGGCCUUUGGGAUUCACUACCGCCUAGCUCAAUGCUGUGCCAGAGUGGCGGAGGAGUUUGACAGUCGAGACGCUCUGUCAAGGUCAACGUCACACGCGGCAGAGCAUCUAGACCACUGGCUGGCACAACUUCAGGGAUUGAGCGUCGACGUUUUUAUUGCAAGACACAGACCGACACCCACAACUUCAUGGGACUCGAGGAUGGCUUUACCCAAUAGUCCAGACACGACGUUCCUGCAUGGUGACAUUUCGGCAAGUUUGCUGUACUUUGAGCUGGUAUUAUGUGUUUGUGGAAGAUUCUCAGCCAACGCCAUGGGCUGUCUAAACGUCGAUGAAACAGAGCAACAGGUUCUUGAUUCUGCCAUUGACGUUUUGAACUUACUCGUCGAGGUUGAUCCGACGAAAGCGGGGACAGACCAAAAUCUUGUGCGGAUUGCUGUCAGCUCGUUCUGCUUGGUGGCGGCUUUCAUAUCACGAGCAAAUGACCAGGUCACUACCUUCAGAAACAUGGUAUCGGCGCUUGGAUUCUUCGCCCGAUUGACAGUCACUUCGCCGCUCAUGACGCUUGGAAAAUUCAGCUCGGUGGUGGAUUACGUGCAGAAAACAAUCAAGAACGGGAGUUAG